ACCCGCCGCCGCCGCCCUCCCUCGGCUCGCCGCGUCCCCCGGGCCGCGUCCGCAGGCUGAGCCCAGGCGGGCCGCGGCGAGCACCCCGCAGCUCCGCGCCCCCGCCCGGCCCCGCUCCCAACGGAAAGUUGGGCUGCGGCGGGCCGCGUUCGGGAAAGAGCGAGGCGGCAUGAGGGGGCACCGAGGGGUCGCCUAAGACACCGGGAAGGCGGCGCGGCGCGCGGGGACAACUUCGCCCCGGGCGCGCAGCCCCCGGCCGGGCUCGCGGUGGUUCCUCCCGUCCCUCGGCCUCCCCCGCCGAUAGCGACGCGGACCUUGGUCCCGGCGGCUCCGCGGCGGUGACACGAGCCCGCCUCAGCCGCCGCCUCAGUCUCCUGCCGCGCCGCCACCUUGCCCGCACCAUGGAGUUCUCGGAGAGGAAAAGAAGCAGGAAAUCCCAGAGCUUCAAACUGGUGAGCCGAGAUUAUCACCAUGAGGUGUAUAAAAUCUCAGAAUUCAGCAACGAUGUUAAUGGGGAGACCAAAGAGACACAACCCAUUUUCCUAGGAGAUGAAAACAUGGAAAUUAAAAAACAAAUUACAGGGAUGAGAAGAUUACUGAAUGACAGCGCUGGAAGGAUAUAUCAACGUGUCGGCAAAGAAGGGGAAAAAUUAAAAGAAGAGCCACAGGAUGUGGAUUUAGUGUGGCCUCAGCGGUUGAACUCCUCCACCGAGGCCCCACAGGGGCCUUCUUCACGUGGGACGUGGAAUGAACCACCAACCCAAAGCGGGCAGUUCUCAGGGCAGUCUGGUCCACGUUCUAGACCCUUCCAGAGUCAGCCCCGCAUCUCUGCAAGUUCCAAUGGAGAACUUCCAGGGGUGAAUUCGACAGUUGGAUCCAACUGCUGUACUUGUAACUGCCAGUCAACCUUGCAGGCCAUUCUCCAAGAACUCAAGACCAUGAGGAAAUUAAUGCAGUUUCAAGCAGUUGGAACUCAAAACAGACAACAACCCCCAAUUUCCCUUAUAUGCUCCCAGCGAACCGCCGUCUCUCGCAAGAGAAAUAAAAAGAAAAAAGUGCUCCCGAAGACUGUGGAACCGGUGACGACUGUGAAACCAAAGCCCAGUCCCUUGGAAAUUGAGAAGAAACCAGCAGCCGUGGCCACAAGGCCACCUUGUCUCCAAGCUGCAGAGCGCACUUCCACCGAGGAGAACCACGUCUUGGGAUUUGGCAUUGUUCUGGAAUCGCCGUCCUCAGAUCCAGAAGUGCAACUUGCUGAAGGCUUCGAUGUGUUUAUGCCCAAAUCUCAGCUGGACUCUAUACUGUCAAACUACACUCGCUCAGGAAGCCUUCUGUUUAGAAAACUGGUGUGUGCGUUUUUUGAUGACAAGACUUUGGCUAACUCCUUACCCAAUGGGAAGAGGAAAAGAGGGCUCAAUGACAACCGGAAAGGACUAGACCAAAACAUUGUCGGUGCAAUAAAAGUCUUUACAGAAAAUUACUGUACUGCGAAUCAUGUGGAUAAACUUCCUGGCCCAAGAGACUGGGUACAGAUUCUACAGGAUCAGAUUAAACUGGCCAGAAGAAGAUUGAAAAGAGGCUCAGCAGAGGUAGCUGACGGUGAUGAAAGACUGGACAGCAUCAUCUCUCUACCCCCAACAGGUCAUACAUUUGUCACCAGGAGAGAGACUCCAGAGGACCCAGAACGUGGUUUGGUUGCCUAGACUUCUAGAACACUCUUUGUUUCCUCCAAGGUCCAUGUAGCAGUUGCUGAUCCUGCAGUGUGGGUGUUCUGUGGUGGCUUGUACUGUCUGAAUAAUUUCUUUGUAACAUGUGGUAUCACAAAUCCAGUUCGGCAUAAUAUUUUUUUAAAGAACCAUGCUUACAGAUGUUACCCUGUAAGCGUCCAGCAUGUGUGACCCAUCGUAAAGAAGCCAUCUCCUUCCUGUUCCUGUCCAUUCAUAGCCUCAGUGUGAAGACACAGUCUUUCUAAACAUAUUGAUUUUAUUGUGAAUUGCUUAGCUGCAUGCAGAGAGGAGACCUUCUCUUCCAGGACUGACAGAGGUUACAAAGCAGUGCUAACUAGCCCCUCUUCAGCUUAGAGAAGGGAAGAGUUGCUCUGAGAGACAGGGGAGCUCCUACCUGACCAGUGAAGUUGUUUAUGACAUCAGUCAUAGGAACCCAGAGCAGACAUUCGGAACUGGAGAAGUACAAAUGAUGUACGAAUUCUUAAGAAAUAAAAUUUUUCACAUAAUUUAUAAUGAUGUAAUGACAAAAAAAUAAUAUCUCAAAGUAAUCAGCCAUAUGCUUAGGAGCUCUUAAGCAUUUAAAUACGGUUUUAAAUGAGCAGCCUUGGCUUUGACUCUGUUUUUGUGUUCAUUCUGUAGUCUGGUCCCUCACACGCUUGCCUUCUACUUUAUGUAAGACUAAAUAAGAGGAAAAGAACCUGGGUUUAUUUUAAAGAAAUUAUUGCUGUGGAGAUAUUUGUUUUACAGACAUAUUUACAUCCAGGUUUGGUUUUUUGUUUUUGCUACUGAAAUAGUGCAUUGAAAAUACCACCUUAGAAAACCUUGCAUUUUCACCUUAUUUAUCAUGUAAAACAAAUUGCCUUGAAAUUUGGGCACUGGACACAAAGGCCAAAAAUUGCCAUAAAAUAAAAUGUGACUCUCAUCCACCAAACCCCAGGGAUAAAAACCUGCCAGGACAAAAGCUUAGGCUUCUCCCUACUACAGUUGUGGUGAUGGGUUAAAGCCAACAGUUAAGUGUGCUUCAAGACCAAGUCCCACAAUGUGACUUGCCAGUGAGACGGCUGAGAAGUAUGUAUGAGGCUGCCUAGGACCGGGGUUCCCUCGGAGGCCAGCUGGCCGUAGAACCUGGAUGUCCUUAGGACCCUGUCCAGUGUACUACAUCACAUCACAUGGAACACUAAAGAUAGGACCAGAGCAGUAUUCCACUGAGACCAGCUAGUGAAGAUGAUAGGCCAUAUAUAUCCCUGGAAUGUGACAAAACAUGCUUGUAGGUGUUGCUGGUGCAGUCAGUCUCUGGAGGAGACAGCAACACCUCACAGCUGCACCUUUUACUUCUCCCCGUUUGGAAGCUAUGGGGACCGCUUGGAACUGACUCCCAUCCUACCUACCAGUCAGCUAAUGGUUUCUGGGUUUCUGUUUCCCGCUGCCCCUAAUCCCUUUGUUUUAUCAAGCGCCCUGCCUGAUGAGCUGCAGACAGACCAGGACUCUCAUUCACUCUGCAGCAGAUCCUGGAAAAAAAAAAAAAUUGUCUUCUGCCUCCCAGAAUGAAAUACUCCCCCAGGGGACUAGAGAAGCUGAAUUAGUACCCUUAACUCUAUUAAAUGAUGGUGAGUUUGUUUUUAGUACAGGGAGAACAUGGACUCACAACUGGAGGCCCAUUGGGUGUGCACUAUAAACCUUCAGAAAACAUUUUCUUCUGAGCCUGGGUGACAACUUGGAGUUGUCAGUACUUGAGGAGGGGUGGGAGUGUUUGGCUCACAGAUAAGUACAAUGGGUUCACAGAUUGGAAAGGCAGAUCAAAACUGUAAGAGUAAAACCAUGUUUUGUAAGUUUACAUUGUAUUUGUGUUAACUUACCGUGACUACUGUUCAGCGUUGUUUAGAAACCCUUUUUAUAGGCUUUCUUAGCAAAAAAAAAAAAAAAAGUCCACAUCUACAGAUGAUAUGUCUCAAUCUUCUGUACAUAUGUUUUAUUAAUAUGUAAAUAUUCAGAUUUUUUAAAAUUAUGAUGUUCUUUUAAAAGAAUUCAAUGCAAAGCUAGUUGUGAAAAUGGUGUGUAACACUGUGUUGUGAUUUCAACUCCCAAGAUGCCCUUUAUGUCCAUUAUGGAAAAAUACAAUAAAUCACUUUAAUUGAAUGCA